AUGCGGAAUAAGAAAGAUCGCAAAAAUAAUCCGAGCCGAAACGCUGGAGAAGUUGGUGGAGUAGCACAUCAGAGGAACACCUUAGCCGUAAAAGCUGAAGCUGCCAUUGCUGAUCAGCUUCUUCCAGGACGACAUCCAUGCAAGUGUCAAGCACGCAUCCAUCCUCUGGUGAGGAACUGCAUGGGUUGCGGCAAAAUUGUGUGUGUCCAAGAGGGGAGCGGGCCAUGCUUCUUUUGUGGAACCCUCGUUUGCACUAAAGAAGAAAGAGAGAUUCUAGAACGGGGCUCUCGCAAAAGUGCCGAACUCUAUAAUCAGUUGAUGGGAACGAAGAAGGAUGGUCACGCUAAAGAUUUUUCUUUAUCUACAAUCGGUGCGGAAUUUCAAAAAGCCACUCAAUUUCGAAACAAACUUCUUGCAGCGGAUGCGGAUUCGUGA